UACCCGGAGACGGCGCCGAAGAUCGAUUGGGCCUAUUAUAAGCAGAACAUCACCGCCAAGUCAGUGGUGGACCAGUUGGAGGCGUCCUACAAGGCGUUGAACAUCACGUACCCCGUGGACAACGUGUCGGAUCAGAUCGCCGCUCAGGAGGCGGCCAACGAGAAGGAGGCCGAGGCCUUCAUACAGGACUCCAAACAGAUCCAGACGGAGGCCAACAAAAUGUUGGACAAAUUCAAGGUAAUGAUAACGCCGUCGGAGAUGACCGAAGAGGAGUUCGCGCUGACGUUCCCCGACUGGGCUGUGCGGCAGUCCGUGAGGCCGAGCUGGUGGCCACACGAAGAGACCACUCCCGGCCUCUCGCAGGCCCAGCGGGACGAGAUCACCAAAUCCGACGGACCGCCCUAUUCGCUCAUCUAAUACCCCUUGGGAUCUGUUCGCUGAUUGCGAUCUUAAGACACUUUAGAAAUUGUUUUUUUUUCUCUUGUUUUACGAUUUGUUUCCACACAUUAGGCGAUAAUUAAUUGAAAUAUAGAUUAAAAUAAAAGUUUA